AUGUCUCAGCAAUUUGCCAAGAGCCAGCCUGAGGGCUUCGCCAACAAGAUCGAGCGAGUAGCCAUCAUUGGUGCCGGUGGAAGUGUUGGCAAGUACCUAGCCAAGCACAUCAUUGCAACUGGCAAGCACACAGUCACAGCCAUCACUCGCAAGGAAAGCACCAACAACGCCCCCGAAGGAGCUCGUGUUGCCGCCGUCGACUAUGAAGAUGAGAGCUCCCUUGUCGAGGCUCUCAAGGACCAGCAGUUCCUCGCCAUCUCCCUCUCCGUCCGAGCUCCUCCCGGUACUCAAGAGCGCAUCGUCCGCGCUGCUGCCACUGCUGGAGUCCCAUGGAUCAUGCCCAAUGUUUACGGCAUUGACAUCACAAACAAGGCCCUUGCUGAGGAGAACAUGACCGGUGGGGGUGUCUACCCUGGCAUCGAAGCUAUCGAAGAAGCCGGUGUAUCGUCUUGGAUCGCUAUGUGCUGCUCUUUCUGGUACGAGUUCUCUGUUUGCCAGGGACCUCAGUGGUACGGCUUCGACUUUAGCAAUGGCCAAAAGAAGGUUACCUUCUACGACGACGGAAACACUCAGAUCAACACUUCAACCUGGGACCAGUGCGGUCGAGCAUUUGCUUCCCUCCUUAGUCUGAAGGUCAUCCCCGAUGAUGAGAACGACAAGUCUCAUACUAUCUCCCAAUGGCGAAACAAGCCCCUUUACAUCUCCAGCUUCCUCCUCUCUCAGCGCCAGAUGCUUGACAGUCUGCAGCGCGUGACUGGCACUACCGAUAAGGACUGGGUUAUCGAGCACGAGGGCGCCAAGGAGCGAUGGCAGCGUGGUGUUGAUAUGCUCAAAGCCGGUGAUCGAUCCGGUUGGGCGCUGGCUAUGUAUGCCCGAACAUUCUUCCCUAAUGGCGACGGAAAUUUUGAGGCCAAGUAUGGACUUGCUAAUGAGGUUUUGGAUCUGCCGAAGGAGGAUGUUGAUGAGGCUAGUGUUAAGGCUUUGAAGAUGUCUGAGGAUAACUACAACUACUACAUGAACCGCACUCACUGA